GCUCGCACGAAACGCGAAACGUUACGUAGUGAGGCGACUUAGCGCUGGAGUGCUUAAUGGGUCACGCUGCAAAAAUUAUAGAAGCAUACUUUUGUGUGCCAUUCUUUUAUUGAAUGAAAAAAUUCUCCUGCAAGUGAUACUACGCCAAUUACCGAUACUUCGUGGCUUGGAAUAUUGUGUUUUUAUUUUGUUUUAAAACAAAAUAGUGAUAUUUUUAUUUUAGUAGUGAAAUUUCGAUUAGAGAAGGUAAAGCAAUGUGCCGGUACUACAACGCGCCCACAAGUGUGCUACAUUUGUUUAUCGUAACGGUCAUCUUGGUGCUGCAGUGCAUUCAUAACGGUGCAGCAUUAAAAUGCUUUGUUUGUGAUUCCAGUGACAAUCCAAGCUGUGCGGAUUUAAAAUCUAACAACAGCAUCGUUGCGGAGGACUGUACACUCGACAAGAUGCGAACAACUGAUACUUGGCUUUUCGAUUUGAAUCGGUUUGCGUAUUUCAAUACCGGCGCUAGGGAUGGCCCACUGUGGAAUUGCCAAAAAGUGGUGGCCAGAGAUCCACACACCAGCAAAAUGGUAACUGCUCGCUUCUGUCAAUUGGACACCGCCGAUUCGGACGCAUGCCAAAUACUGGGCAACAAAUUGGGUUGGCCACCAGAGCUGGCACGCAACGCCAACGCUGAUAAAGAUAACGAAAAUGACAAUAAAGUGAAGCGUAAGGCAAAGAAGACCCCAAAUGGUAAUAAUGGAAAUAAUCAAGAUGUGGAAUUGCACUGCUCGAUUUGCAGCGGAGAUAGCUGUAAUGGUAGUCAAAGCGUUCACCCCUGGAGUUCGUGGUGCGUCAGCGUUUUACCGGCGCUCAUAGCAACGAUGAUUAGAUUACGUCAUAGUGCGUGGUGAAUAAAGCACCGCCUUUCGGCACUCGCAGCCUCAGCGUGCAUAGGCGGGUGCGUAGGUGAGCUGUGGAUGUGGAUGUCUAACUACCGAAUUGUCUAUGGCAGCAGAUAGAAGCAAUAGAAGUAAUAAAGAGGAUAAAAUUUAAACGCAAUUUGGUGCAAUCUAAUUUUAAGGCCGUAUUCGUGAGUUGCAGGCAGUUGAAGUGUUGAAUUGCUGAGGCAACUAAAUAAAUGCCUUGAGUUUAAAAGUUAUACCUAAGUUGUUGGUGAGCCACCUUAUAUGUACUUACGUGCACUGUAAAUAAUCAUUGAAAACUGUUAUCUGUGUAAAUAGGCAUACGAAUAUACUCGCAUUUGAAUAGAUUUGAAGAUGCUAUGAAGCACGCAAUAUAUGUAGAUUAACGAAGAUUAACUUCGUUGUAUUGAAAAUAGAGUGCAAAAGAUUUUAUGGCAGCCCACUGGGCGUUAUUACAAUUUUGCUUUGAGAGAAUGCGUGGGAUGCCCAAAUUUUUUUUUUUUUUUUUUGCAUAAACAGUAAACUUAUUUUGAUUAAAAACGGAGAAAACCACGGCAUAUGAAACCAGAAAAUGCUCACAUCUGAGGUAACCACAAGCUCAUAAAUUUCAUGUGAAAUACCGUGAGGAUAACUUUUUGAAACAUAUUCAUCCUAUACCU